GGCAUCCUCUCUCGAGGGCACACCAGUGGCAGAGCAAGAUGGGCCUCCUGCGGACUCCACUGUCCCUUUUGCUCCUCCUGCUCAGGGAGCCUGCCUGCCUGAGGACUGAGGACCACCCCCGCUGUCCAGAACCCAGGGAACUGGAAGCCAGCAAAAUUGUCCUCCUGCCCAGCUGUCCUGGAGCCCCAGGGAGUCCUGGGGAGAAAGGAGCUCCAGGCCCUCAAGGGCAGCCUGGACCACCGGGCAAGAUGGGCCCCAAGGGUGAGCCAGGAGAUCCAGCGAACCUGCUCCGGUGCCAGGAGGGUCCCAGGAGGGGCCAGGAGCUGCUGAGCCAAGGUGCCACCUUGAGCGGCUGGUACUACCUGUGCCUCCCUGAAGGCAGAGCCCUUCCUGUUUUUUGUGACAUGGACACCCUGGGAGGUGGUUGGCUGGUGUUCCAGAGGCGACAGGAUGGCUCCGUGGAUUUCUUCCGCUCUUGGUCCUCCUACAAAGCAGGUUUUGGGAGUCAGGAGUCCGAAUUCUGGCUGGGGAAUGAGAAUCUGCACCAGCUGACUCUCCAGGGUACCUGGGAGCUGCGAGUGGAGCUGGAGGACUUUGAUGGCAACCGCACCUUUGCCCACUACGGGUCCUUCCGCCUCCUUGGCGAGUCGGAUCACUACCAGCUGGUGCUGGGCAAGUUCUUAGAGGGCACUGCUGGAGACUCCCUGAGCUUUCACCACGGGAAGCGCUUUUCCACCUUCGACGCUGACCACGACACAACGGAGGGCAACUGCGCGGUGACCGUCCAUGGCGCCUGGUGGUACGAAGCCUGCUAUCAUUCUAAUCUCAACGGACCCUAUGCGACGUCCCCCACCACUGCCCACAAGUACGGCAUUGACUGGGCCUCGGGCCUUGGCGUGGGCCACCCUUACCGCAGGGUUCGACUCAUGCUCCGCUAGGCAUCCUGGCAACCAGCACUCUUAUCUCUCCUGAGCCGCUUCCGGAUGCUCGGCCUUCUCCCCCUUGCUAACUGCCUCUGCUCUCCCGUCCACAUUUUAAAAUAAAACCAUUUUAACCCUU